AAAGCCACCAUGGUGCUCACAGACGUGACAUUCACAUUUAGACGCGAACUGGGCUGUGUGACAACAAGAGGACUAUCUUUGAGGAGGUAAACAGCCGAUCACCUGGAGUUGCACAACUUCAAACUAAAGCCUUUUAUUCGCUGCAUGAAAGAUCUGGACGGCUUGGACAGUCUCCCUGAAGCUCAGGCAUCGUACUGCUGAUUGAUGGGACACCAAGAUAAAGAAAUGGACGUAGAGUCUCACCAGAAGAGCGGCCGCCGUGGAUGCUGCCUGGACGUUUUUCUCGUCGUGUCAAUCAUUUUUCUGUUUGUGGCGGUGACAGCCGGGGCCGCCGGAGGAGUGAUGGUUGUGAUGGAGCUGCGGUCCAAACUGGAGUCCCUGCGUCCGUCUUUUGUGUUGGAGACGUCAAAGCUGUCAGGAGACGCAACUGACCCCACAAACAAGAUGCAGAACGUUGUCUAUCUGGAAGCCAAGUCAAGCGAGUUGAAGUCCUCCACCAUGCAAUUGGCUCCUGUCAAGUUCGGUGCUGAGAGUUCUGUGGGAAGCAACUUCGUGUUUGACGCAGACCAGCAUUCGCUGAAGUCCAAACGGGCGGGGAGCUACUUCAUGUACGUUAGUCUGAACCUCACAUGCACCUUUACGUGCAAUGCGGGCCUCCUCAGCGUGCGCGUGGGCGAUAAGCUCACCUGCGAGAUGCAGCUUCCGGAAGUGGCAGAUUCAACACUUGUGAGCAGAAAGUGCUGGACAGUGAGCCAGCUGGAGGGGCAGACACUGGUCGCUGAGAUGACUGUACCGAAGGAGGGACUGGAGAACUGGAAACUGGAGCUGAGCAGCUCAGGAUUUGGGAUGUUCCUUGUGGACUAAUGUGCACACAUGCAAUGCAGCUGUCAGGAAGAUGCAGAUGUGCCCGUUGACCUUCGGGGUCGUGACUUAAGAACGACACCAGUUUGUGUUUUCUUAAAGUCCAAGUAGGUGAAAAAGGACAGGCGCCGAUGCCUUAUUCUAAGCUAUGACCACAUUUCUUGCGAACUGAGACGAUGAAGCUUGGCAGGACUUUUUCAGGUGGAAUCUGAAGAGAAAUUGCAUUUAUGAUAAUGCAAACAGCAUGUGGAAAAGACUAGACACUCACCUUAUUCUGUAUAAAUGUGCAUACAGUAUGUUACUCUGUAUAUGAUAUAUUUAUUUGAUAAUAUGGAACUAUUUAUAUACAUAUAUAUAUAUAUAUUUAUGGACAUUUAUUUUGAUGUAUAUCACUACAUUAAUGUUGAUGUGCAAUACACAGCCUACAUUGAAUGAAAUGUGAUUUAUAGCUCUUUUUCAUUUUAUAAAUGGCUUAGGGCAUAAAGUAGAGGCUUGCAAAAAUGUGUGAUUAUGAUUCUGCUCCUUAGGGGCCUCAUUUACAUAUUGUGUAGUAAAGGUAAAGUCAUUCAAACACUUCUGGCAAAUGAUGAGUAUCAAUAAUCAGUAACGCUCUGCACUUAAAAAACUUUUACAGAAACAAAGUCCCGUAAAAAUGAUCCUUCUGUAAUUGUGACUAAGAUAUCUGUAAUAUGUGGACACGUCAAUUGAUAAAAAAAAGUUUUGUUUUUCAAAGAUAUGUAAGUCCUAUGGACAAACUACACAUUGUUGAAUGUAUUUUAUCGUAAUCCAUAUUAAACAUGAAUA